AUGUCGGACAAAAUUACCUCCAAAAACCUCUCCUAUGACACUACGAUCCCGCCCUUCCUGCGUGCCCUCCACGCCCAGGCGGCCGGCAAUGCGGCGGACCCAGACCCCAUCCUCUCGAAGAGGCGGCGAGCGGGCAAGAAGCGCUCCGACAGCGAGGAGGCAGAGGACGCACCGCUCGUCGUGGACGACGAGGGCAACGUUGUCGACGUGCGGGUGAACAAGGACGGCGGCGUUGAUGAGGAGGCACUGAAGAAGGAGGGGGAGGGAGGCGAAACAGCGACCGUGAAGGAGGAGAGGAGAGAGGCGGAGAAGCUUGCGGGGAUCGGGGCGAGCAAGAAGCGGAAAGCUGGCAAGGUUGUUGGCGGUGACGCUGCUGAGGAUGCUGAAGACGACAGAGACACGUCCAAGGCUGCGAAGAAGGACGACAAGGACGACAAGGACGACAAGGACGACGAGGGCGCUAAGAAGAAGGCUUCCAAGAAGAAGGGCAAGAAGAUUAAGCUGAGCUUUGACCCGGAGUGA